GAGACAAAUGCAGCAGGAUCUUUGCUUCCAACACCUGACAAAGCUCUUCAAGAGAUUCAACAAGCAAUGACAAAAACAACCAAGAUUACAGGGUUGGCGGAUGUAAACAUACAAGAUCUUGAACAAUUGAUAUACAUGAAUGCCUUAGCAAGAAAGCCAAAAGAAGCAGAGAAAGUUUUCGAUUUUAUAGAGUCCAAGUAUAAGAUCGGUCAAUCACCUUAUGGAUGCUUAUGCUAAUGUCAACGAUCUGGAUAAUGUUUUAUCCACUUUUAAAAGAAUAGAAUCACUCAAUUUAGAACCUGAUGUUUAUACGUAUGCAAUUAUUCUUAAAGCAUUUGUUGAGAAUAAGCGAUUAGAUGAUGCAUUUAUUGUUUUUGAAUAUUUGAAGGAAAAUGGCAUUAUUCUCAGCCAGCCUGCAUUUUCUACUUUAAUUAGUGGCUGUAUAAAGGCAAAUAAAAUAGAAAAAGCUUGGGAAAUUUUUGAUUCAAUGAGAUUAUCAUAUCAUCAACCUGAUGAAGUGAGUUUCACGCUAAUGCUUCACGCAUGUACAAAGCGAGGAGAGGUUGAAAAGGCAUUGAACUUAUUUGAAGAUAUGAUUCAACAACAACUUUAUCCUACUGAUGUUACAUUUAAUGUCCUUAUUAAUGCUUGUGCAAGACGAACUGAUUACUUUAAUGAGGCAUUUAAUCUUUUGGAUCAAAUGAAAACUCAUUAUGGUUUUCAACCGGAUAGAAUCACUUAUAACACUUUAAUAAUGGCAUGUGCAAGAAAUAAAGAUUUACCUAAAGCACGUGAACUCUUUCAAAUAAUGUGGAAUGACAAUGAAGAAAAAAAAACUGAUUCGCUGCUGACGCCAGAUAGUUGCACAUAUACAAAUCUAUUUUGGGCUUAUGCUAGUUGUAAUCCAGAACUACAUGACACUCAGGAGCAAAAACCGCAACAUUAUUUAACGACAUUACCUGUUGUGCAGCAGUCAAUUCUAUCAUCUCCACCUCCACGUAAUCAGUCUGAGGUUGUAAAAGAAGCUCAUCAAUUAUUUAACUACAUGGUAGCCUCAAACAUACCCGUCACAUCUGUUCUUUUAUUGUCUUAUUUGGCUAUUCAUAUUUCUCAUAAUCAGCCCAUUUCAAGUUGUAUGCACAUUUAUAAUAAUUUGUUUGAUCAAUAUCAAGUAAAAAAAGAUGCAUUUACAUUUAAACAGAUGCUUGAGUUAUGUUACAAGAGAAAGGAUAAACAAUUAGCUUGGAAGAUAUGGGAAGAUUAUCAAGACUUUUUAGAGUCUAGGAAUAAAUUAUUCCUAGUUGAAGAUGAAUCUAUUAGCGAAAAGAAAGCAAUAGAAGCAGAGAAAUAUGCGAUGGCUCUUAAAGAAGGCUGGACUGAUAAACAACAGCUACAAAUUGCUGUUUUAAUGACAAACACAUUAGCAAGAUCUAAUGAUUUAAGGAAUGCAAUUAGUAUAUUAUCAAGUGAAUUACGUCGUUCUAACGUUAAUCCUCCUAAAUUCAAUAACCUUGCUCCGACUUAUAAUAAAUGUAUUCAACUGGAAGAUGAAGAUGCCAAAAAUAGUUUGUUAAAACUAUGUAUAAAAAAUACCGAGAAACGACCUCUCAGCUUUAAAUAUAAACGUGUUAAUACAAUACAAUAGCAGUUAAAGUCAAUUCAUGUACAAUAUAUAUAGAUUAUUAUA